AGUUGUAUAGUUGCUCCUGUACUCUCCUCCUUUCAAUGUAAGAUGGUGGUUUGUGGUGUAAGUAGGUGGCCAAAGCCUUAAUAAGCUGACAGAAGAGGCCGGUGGUUUUCAGAGGACAGCUGCUAACAAUCCGCAGGCGGCAACUUUCUGUAAGGGGGGGGUCACUGGUCCUCACAGACAACUUCUGCCUCCACAUCCUGGAGACGAGUCCCACUUCCACAUAUAGGCUGGCUUCUCUUGUCACAGCUGAGUGAAAGCUGUAACCUCUACUGCUGUAGAAGCGUAGGAUGUCCUGGAGCCCCAAGGUGAAGGACGACACAAUGGAGUGCCCUCUGUGUAUGGAACCACUGGAGAUCGAUGAUGUCAACUUCUUCCCCUGCACCUGUGGCUACCAGAUCUGCCGUUUCUGCUGGCAUCGCAUCAGGACAGAUGAGAACGGUCUCUGCCCUGCCUGCAGAAAGCCUUACCCAGAAGACCCUGCAGUAUACAAACCACUGUCACAGGAGGAGCUGCAGAGGAUAAAGAACGAGAAGAAGCAAAAGCAGAAUGAGAAGAAGCAAAAGAUCACAGAGAACCGAAAACACCUGGCCAGUGUACGUGUGGUCCAGAGGAACCUGGUGUUUGUGGUGGGGCUGUCUCAGAGACUGGCAGACCCAGAGGUUCUUAAGAGGCUGGAAUAUUUUGGGAAGUUUGGGAAGAUUCACAAAGUGGUGAUCAACAACAGCACAUCAUACGCUGGUUCACAGGGGCCCAGUGCCAGUGCCUAUGUCACAUAUAUCCGCUCAGAAGAUGCCCUAAGAGCAAUACAGUGUGUCAACAAUGUAGUGGUAGAUGGCAGAACGCUUAAGGCUUCUUUAGGAACAACAAAAUACUGCAGUUAUUUUUUAAAGAGUAUGCAGUGCCCUAAACCAGACUGCAUGUAUCUACAUGAGCUUGGGGAUGAAGCUGCUAGUUUUACAAAGGAGGAAAUGCAGGCUGGAAAGCACCAGGAGUAUGAGCAGAAGCUACUACAAGACCUCUACAAAAUGAAUCCGACCUUCUUGCAGACCUCAGUUAUAGCAGGAGACAAACCAAAGGGCAAAACAAACUCUUUACAGAGAUCAAACAGCUCGAAUAAAGACAGUUGGUUACAGCCGUCAGGAAAGACGACAAACGGUCUAUCAUCAGACCAUGGGAAGAGUCCGCCUUCAGAUGGCUCAGACUCUGAACACAUGACCCCUGAGGGGCCUGAACCUGACCUCAGCCUUGGCCCUGUGCCGGCCCUCUCUGUCUUCUCUUCAAACUGUGACCUUGCCAGCGACAAACUGCCAAAUAUCAUCAGUAUAGGCAACGGUGAAACCUCACAACUGCUGCUGAGCAGUGAUUCUCCAUCGCCCCCUCCUGGUCUCACUAAGCCUAGCUUGGUGGUGCCAAUCAGUGUCACAGGCCACACAGUCUCCUGCUCCCCAUUUGAGGGGGUCACCACAAACUCACAAUCAUUGUUCUCAGACAACAGUAACUUUCGGCACCCAAACCCACUUCCCAGUGGACGCUUCCCCAGUUCCACACACAGCAAUGCCGACUGGCCCACAGCACCAGAACCACAGAGCCUCUUCACCUCAGAUACCAUCCCGGUGUCGUCGUCCACAGACUGGCAAGCGGCAUUUGGCUUUGGUUCAUCCAAACAGCAACAAGACGACGAUCUGGGCUUCGACCCAUUCGACAUCACACGCAAGGCUUUGGCCGACCUCAUAGAGAAGGAGCUGUCUGUGCAGGACAGCUUCUCCAGCUCCUUGUCCCAUGGGCCCCUCCCUCACAGGGCACACAGACCCCUACUGAACUCCUUGUCAAACAAAGCCCCUGGCCUCCCAGGUGGGCUACCGCUCCCAAACCACCACCUCCCUCCUAACACUGGGCUCCCUAACCACUGCUCCCAGCACCAGCUCCCUCAGCGGGGAGGGUAUAGCGCCUUCAGCUUUCGCUCUCACCCAUCAACGUCAUCUCCAUCAUCCUCUUCAGCAUCUCGUCAGUCCUGGAUAGGGGUCACCUCACACAGUAAUUUAUCACAUUUGAACCACACAGUCACUGCGACAGCCUCCAACUCACACAGCGGCUUCUUGGACUUGACAGUGCUGCAGGGACAUCAGAGUAAAGGGCUGGGUGGAGUCUCCAUGACAGAAACUUGCAGUUCCAUAGAGAAUAUCAAUGUGAAAGAGUGGCAGGAUGGCCUCAGAGCACUGUUACCCAACAUCAACAUCAACUUUGGAGGACUGCCCAACUCAUCUUCCAACUCAUCCUCUUCCUCUUCAUCCAGUGUCAACCACAUGGGGGCACCAGGUGGAAAUGUGCCUCAAGGUGUAUGUUGGGAUGGCAAAAGCACCUGGAUGGACCCAGCUAUCAUCACAGGGAUACCAGCCUCCAACACUCUGGACUCUCUUCAGGACGACAAUCCUCCACAUUGGCUCAAAUCGUUGCAGGCACUCACAGAGAUGGAAGCCACGUCUUCCAGCAGCGUCAUGUCACACAGCGGGUCCUUCACAGGCCAACAGCACCCCGCUCCCCACAGAGCGACAUGGUUCCACUACCCCCCUGCCACUGCCACCCACUUCCACUCCCCGCCUCCGGGCUUUCAGAUGGCCUUUAGACCCCCUUCUCAGACCCAGACAGACCUGCUACAGAGUGCUGCUGUGGACCACCACUAGAGACUGUCCUUACAGAUACACACACACACACACACACACACGCACAGUACCAAUCUAUUAACAACUAAUGACUUAAUAUUCUACUGUGAUCUGCUGAGCCCUUUGAUUUGGAGUCUGAUUGGUUGUUGGAGUUGGUCCAGGCAGCAACCCCAGCUACACCACCUGCAUCACAGUCACACAGGCUGCCCUCAGUCACAUGGUAAAAAGUAGGAUCAUCAUGCAGAGACUGGGAAUAAGUACAAUGAGGCAGCAUGAGGAAAUAUAUGCACUAAGGUUUAGACGUGUUGUAGAGAGCAGUGACCAGGCCUAUGGAAAAAAACUAUAUUUUGUCCAUUUGGAUCAAUAUAAAUAUUUAUCACUAUAUUUAAAAAGACAGAGCCAUAGUUUUGUCUAGUCUGCCUAAACUGAAGAUGAAAUCAAAGCAGCAGGGCCUGUAGAGGAGACUGUGUCCACUUUCUGAGAUAGAGCUUAUCUUAUAGGCUGUAGUUGACAGGAUUGCACUUCUCUGGCAAUGUUGGAAAAAAAAUCAAGUAGGCCUCUAAAAAUUGACCACAUAUUUGACGUUUAAGCAAUUUCUUUUUUUCCUGAAGUCUUAAAACUAUAUUCUACAACCCUACAACAGUAGUAUUUUUUAUCCCUUAUUGCUAGCCAGCUUCCUAAACUAACACUAGUAUCCUUUUUUCAAGCAUGCAAACAUAUAAAGUCAUGUUUGUGAUCUAUGGUGGUUUGUACUGGUUCUUAUUAGAACCUGCCUUGAACCAGCCCUGGGUUGGUUCUGGAUAUCUAUGAGCAUGUUCUGGGCUGUAGUAAUUGCUCACACAAGAAAGAAAAGUCCAGUGUAAUUAAUUCUACGAAAGCUUAAUCAAUUGAUGACUGCUUCUAAAUCACCGACUCAGAGGAGUUGUUUCAUGCAAGUUGGUUUGUUGCAUCAAGACUGUUGAUGUUGCAUGUGGUUAUUGGAGCAGUUGGUGCUCCAGAGGAACAGUACACCUAAUGUGCUGGCGUGGUCCCACCCUGGACACUCACCGUUCCCUCAAAGGUCACCACAGAUGUUUGGCAUUAGUCAGCAGUGCUUAUUUACUCUCCUUCAAAUCAUUUGAAGAACUACUGACCUAAACUCAGGAGCUGAACUACAAAUUAAGUGUUUUUGCACAUUUCUAUUUUUAUUUUUAGUUAACUCUGUUAGAAUAACAGUGAAUAUUGGGCUAAUCAGAGGUGAUGUUAAGAAACACCACCUUGUGUUUGAAAUCCCUGUCAGACAAAGUGUUUGCAGCAAUUCCUACUUUCUGCUUACAGAAGUCAGGGCCAAACCUCUGUAUCAGAGGGUUAAAGGUGCACAUAUUGUGAAGUAUAUGGUGCAUACGACUAUGUAAUACUUGUUACAAGCCUAGCGUAGCGCCUAGACUCCAUAAUCCAAAGAUGAAGCAAACUUUAUUAUGCCUGUGAAAAAGAAGCAGCAGGGGUGUCCUUGUACUGUACCAUAACAUUAAGCACGUUUCUAUUACUGAAAAAUCCGGAAAAAACUUACCAAGAAACUUUUUAUACGUGCAUGAGAUGGUUUUUAAUUUUUUUUUUUUUUUUUCGAACUGUUAAUGCACUUCAUGGGGGAUGGAAAACGCCUUUUACAAAUUAAUUUUGAUGUUAUUUCCAGGGCUGCACACUAAUGAAUUUUGCUAUUGUCAAAUAAUCUCUUCAUUAUUUUUCAAUCAAUUGUUCCAUAUUAAUUGUUUCAUCUCUAAAAUGUCAGACAGUGUAAAAGCUCUUUCCAGAACCCGAGAUGCCAUUCUCAAAUGUCUUUAUUUUCAGUUAAGUCUCAGUGGAGGAAAGAAACCAGAACAAAAAUUCACCUUUUACCUUUUUAAAAAUCAUUCAAACCAAUUAUUGAUUACUGAAGUAGUUAGUUUACUGGUUGAUAAGUAAUUGAUCAAGUGUUGCAGCUGUUGCUCUUUCCGAUAAAGAGCUAAAAUGUGUCUGGCUGAACAGAAUAAAAGUGUGGACUGAAGAGGAGACCAAAUUAUACUUUAUCCUCCUCCAUGAAACAGAGUUUAGAAAAACGGCAGCAGAAUGUCAUAUUUCUUCCUCUCUUUUUAUUACAGGGUUCAGGUUUGUCACACACCCAGCAGUGCCACUUUCUGACCACAUACACAAUCCAGUUUAUUCACUCCAAACCAGCUGAGGAAUUUUUCCCUUUUU